CAGAUUUCCUAAGAGGAUUUUGUAUCUCCUCGAAUAUGAUGUCCACCCUUUUUAAAUCUCAUAUCCUCAUUCACAUCUUUUUCAUCAUCACACAAACGUUUCUCUUCCUUUAUUUCCUCAAACAUUCUUAACUUCAUUCUUGUCUUGUAUUUUCAUAUUUCACUAUUCAAAUAAUGGCACAGUUCCAUGUUUUGGCUGUUGAUGAUAGUGUUAUUGAUAGAAUGUUGAUUGAAAGACUCCUCAAAACCUCUUCAUUUCAUGUUACUGUGGUUGAUUCUGGAAGUAAGGCUUUGAAGUUUCUUGGUUUGGUUGAAGAUGAGGUGAGGAAUGAAAAGGUUUCAUCUAUUGCUACGGAAACAGAUCAGGUUGUGGAAGUGAAUCUGAUUAUAACUGAUUAUUGUAUGCCAGGAAUGACAGGUUAUGAUCUGCUGAGAAAAAUCAAGGAAUCUAAUUCUCUUAAAGACAUACCAGUUGUGAUUAUGUCAUCGGAGAAUGUUCCAUCAAGAAUCAACAGAUGUUUAGAAGAAGGAGCUGAAGAGUUUUUUCUGAAACCAGUUCAACAAUCAGAUGUAAACAAGCUGAAACCACAUUUGUUGAAGACAAAAGUUAAGAAUGUUGGUGAACAAACCAACAACAUAGGAAGGAUGCAGAACAAUAAAAGAUGUUACAUUCAAAAUUAAUGAUAGUUAGAUAGUAUUUGACAUUUAAAUCUUCUCUUACUCGCUAACACAAAUAUGUGAGAAGUGCAUGUUGAUGAAUAGGUCAUUGAUUGAUAGUAGCUUAACUGGAGAGAGAAUUUUUAUUGAAUUUUUGGUAAUGACAAAUUGUAGUUUGUUUUUAUCUAGUGUCAUAUGAUUGACAUUCAAUUGUGAAAUAAUUUUCUUAUUAUUAA